UCUGCAUUUUUUGGCAAAUGAUAUGGUUUUACAAUUACGACAACAAAGUUUGCCGUCAAUCGAAAUGUUUAAAAAUACUAGUGCUACAACUAAUGAUAUCUGUAACAAGGUAUACGUAUGCAGCAAUAUUACUGCAUAAAUUUACAGACUCACUAUCGUUAGGAUUAUGCCUGUUUCAAAAGUAAUACCACCAUAUUUUAGGCAUGGAUUUGAAAUGCAAACUGAACUUUAAAGUAAAAACAAAGAUUUCCACAGAUACGUUUGCUGGAAUAUGUGGUAGCCAUAAUAGUUUCAGGACGCAAAACAAUAUUUUGAGAGCAGUUUUGACACUGUUGAUCGUCUGCAAGAAAGCUUUCAAAGGAUUACGUGCAGCUUCUUCAUCAUGUAAUAUGUAGUGCCCAUCUCUUUUAUGAAAGUUUACAUCACCCCAUUAUGAAGAACGGCUUCUGAAAACGAUGUUACGGAGGGAAAACCUGAUAAACAUUCGUCAUGUUUCGCAUCCUUAACUGCUGAGGCUCGUGACGAACUGUCAAUCGCUCACGUUUCUGUUUGCGAUGUCACAAGAAGCAGAAGGAUAUCUCACAAGAUUACAUGUACAGGAUCAGUAUUCUUCAUAAACGGGUUGAUUCUUCCAAAGAAAAUGACAUCACAGUGACAUAUGAUGGCUAUGACCACCACACCUACAAAUAGCAUCCUCCUAGUAGCUAGCAAAUGAUAUUUUCAACUUUCUGUAUUACACAGUGUUAAAUAUUCAAGCCAUUGCGAGAUGAGAAAAAUGCUUCCGGGUGUCGGAGUGUUUGGAACCACAGCAGUGAUCAAAUGUGUUGUGCCCAUCCUUAAGAUAUGUGGCUUCAAUGUUGUCGCGCUGUGGGGAUGUACUGUGGAAGAAGCAGACUGCUUAGCCAAGGAACUGGGAAUUCCACACAGCACUAAUAAAGUCGACGAGGUUCUUCUCGACAAAGAUGUUGAUCUGGUUGUCAUCAGUUGUUCACCACAUCUCCAGGCUCCAAUUGUUGUGAAAGCUCUAAGAAUUGGGAAGCAUGUUUUGUGUGGAUCACCAUUUGGACCCAGUGAAAGGGAAGCCCUUCAUAUGGUCAAUGCUGCUCGGUACUAUCCUCGACUGAUGUCACUAAUGUGUCAUGGAUUACGAUUUUUACCAAUUGUGUCCAAAAUGAAAACUUAUAUAGAAGAGGGAUACGUUGGCGAUGUGACAAUAUGCGAAGUAAAGGUGCAUUAUGGGGCAUAUCCAAGGGAGAAGUUUGAUUGGAUGUGUGAUGAACUAAUGGGAGGUGGCGUUCUCAAUGCAAUGGGAAGCAAUAUUAUUGAUAUUGUCACUUUCCUCACCUCACAGAAAGCAUUACGUGUGCAUGGAAUGCUGAAGACAUACACAAAACAAACUGAGAAAAUUAAAGGUAUAAGAGAAAUUACGAGUGAUGAUUUUUGCACAUUUCAAAUGGAAAUGGAAAAAGGUGCCAGCACAACAGUAACUGUUAACUCUCACAUGCCAGGCCAAUUUACUCAAGAGAUAAUAGUUAUUGGAACAAAGGGAAGACUGGUUGCAAGAGGUGCAGACCUUUUUGGACAAAAGCAUGACAAACUGAAGGAAGAUCUUUUACAUUUUGAUCAUGGCAAUAUCAAAGAAGACAAAAAGUUUGGUAUUUCUGACCAAGCAAGGAAAGAGAUACCCAUUCCUUAUCUGAAAGGAAUGAUUCGCAUGAUCGAAGGGGUUAAAGAUGCUUUUGGCCGGGAAGAAGAACGACAGAGCUGGUGCACGGAACCUCUGCAGCUUGCAGCAACAUUUGAAGAUUCUUUCUACGUGCAGACAGUUGUUGACGCAGUCCGGCGCUCCAGCAAACUGAAGGAAUGGGUGAAAGUGGUCCUGAUGACUGAAGACCCUGAGCCGAACCCCUAUCUCUCUGCUGCAAUGAGAAGGAGCACUUUCUCACUGCAAUAAGUACACAUGAUUUACAACAAACACAGAUGAAUCUCUUAUCUUCUGAACCAAAAGGAAUAUUGGAAUUAUUACACAAUUAAGAAGACAUGUUUUGUGCUAGAUCUCAAGUAUAAAUGUUUUGUGUCUUCUGUCAAGGGCUGAAACUGUAUUUUUAUGUAAAAAAAUGUUCUUUCUGAUAUUACAGAUAAUUUAUUCAGCUUUGGAAUUUAAUACUAGCUCAUUAAGAGGGCAAGUAUGAUGGCUACUUAACAAACACAGAAAUCUGUGGUUUUAGUCCAGUAUGACAAGUAUUUUCGUGGAUGAUUUUCUCAAUUCAUUCCAUAUAGCUUACGAUUCAUCACACACUGUAUCGAGUGAUAACUUGUCACAAGUCAUUUGAAACCUAGUGAACAAUUUUUGUUAAGUUUUUGCUACAUAUUCACAUGGUUUUCAUGUGCAAAGGACCUUAUGCCACUUCAUCCAUAAUCACUGACUACUGAAUACCCUUGUAAAAAUAUUCUUGAUUUCUUUCAGCAGCAUUAACAAAAAUGAAUUUUUUUUAUGAAUGUUAACAUUAUACUUUGCCAUCACAGCCGUAGAAACUAACAUUUUUAGUCGACUACUCCUUAUAAUGAUAACAUAUAGCAUAACCCUUAAAAAUGGCAAAUUUCUAUAGUCCUUGUGAUACCUUACCUACCUUACUGCUUACCUAUUGACCAGUUUGGCAAGGACUUCAGGACUGGUGCCAAUAUCUAACGCUGCAACAUGACAAAGAUAUUUAAAGAAAUGUUUGAUGGGGAAAAUGAAUGUCUUACCUCAUUCAUUUCUUCCCUGAUUAGCUUUAUGAAUCAAACAAACCAUGUUUUCUUCAUUUUGACAUGCAUAUUUAAUAAUAAUGACAAGGUGUCCAUGUUAUCAACCUGGUGUCUGUAAUUCCUAAAUAUCAGAAAAGAUUUUUUCUUUUGUUUAUCAUGUUUAUAUUUUUCAGUAUUUAUCAUCUAAGAUGAAGUGCUAAUAGUUUGGUUUUCAUCAGGAACAACUUCAUGACAAAAUAGGGCAUUAUCACCAAUAUGUAAGAAAACUUAGUCUGUUGAGAAGGAUUUCUCAAUCAUGCACGAAUCGGUAUCAAAGUAAACAGAACGGACCGGGCGUGUGUUGCAUUAUUUCACUGAACAAUGUCCCUGAUUCGUGUUGUUGUCUACUGGUUUCUGUGUGUUUAUGAAUUAAUAAGCAGUCUGUGAAGUUAUUGUUGGUAUAUUUAUUUAUAAGAAAUAUCUUCAAUAUGUUUUUGCGUUCAUGGUGUUACUAACUUAUAAACUGGUGUGCACACUUUAAGUAAAUCUUCACAGUGUGUACACUACAUUUUAUGUUAACUCCUCCGUAACUUGAAAACAUACUGAAGUCAAUUCUUAAGUGGUUUUAAUGUGUUGACAUUUAUUUUCUUUUUAAAUUGAAACUUGAAUACACUGAGUUCAAAUAUCUUAACUUAAAAGUUUUGAAAAAGUCACAGAUUGUUCAAUGAAUAGAUGAUUUGGUGCUCUUUUUCGAUUCAUUUUUAAUUUGACUAAUUAUUUUUAUGUUUCCAAAUUGUAUGGGAUUAAUGUAUGGGUACACAGUAAGAACAUGUGGAAUAUUAUGGAUUAGAAAUCUCAUCUCAUUCCAGAAUCUGGUAUUUUGAAAUACUGUCAUCAUAAUACUCCUGGUGAUUUCUUCAUUUGAAUACAAUAUCUUUUAUUGCAAUGCUCAGUGUAUGAUUGCCGAAGAGAGACAAUGUUGUUUAAGACCCAGAAAGUGACAUGAUUGAUAAUUUGACAACUAGAAGAUCUCUAUAAUGUUACUCUCAAGAAUCAGGCAUAUAUGACAAUGUGUAAUAGGUCCACAUAUUCUGAGGUCAUAAUACUAGGGGUGAAACAAUACAUCGGUGCGCUGGUGCAUCGUGAGUCUUCAGGUCACAAUACAAAACACAAAACAUAUUUUUCUGUAUCGAUACGAGGCGACACACUUGCUAAAAUGUAUUACUUACCACUUGUUUAAUUAAAUUCACUACUUAAAAUAGCUGAUACAAACAUGUAUCUACAGCUAGCUUUUCCUUUGGAACCUGCUCUGAAAUAUUUUUGGUCAAGAAGUUUCCACUUGAUUUCACGUAAAUAUGCAUAUCGUGUUUAAUUAAUUUCACUACUUAAAAUAGCUGAUACAAACAUGUAUCUACAGCUAGUUUUUCCUUUGGAACCUGCUCUGAAAUAUUUGUGGUCAAGAAGUUUCCACUUGAUUUCACGUAAAUAUGCGUAUCGCAAUACAUAUUGUAUUGUGACCUAGGUAUCGUGAUAUGUAUCGUAUCGUGACCUUGCUGUAUCGUUUCACUCCUACAUAAUACCCCAAUAAAUGUUCAGGGCAUGUUUUUGUGAUGUUGCAUCAUCAUGGUUAUUGGAGUUACCUCCCCUGCGCAAGAAUGUAGACGUAUUUCCCAAUCUCAUUAAAAUCAGAUCUUAGUUCCCGCUACCACAAAACAAAGAUCUGAGGACAUCCCAUUACAGGUCACGUCAGGACGACCUUUCGCAAACUUUGACCCACCAAUGAAAUGACUAACAAGAAAUCGACAGCAGCCAAUCAGAAAGCAGCUUUUUCAAUCUGGCAGCUAUGCUUUGAAAAAUAUUUUGACAAAUUCUCAAUUCAAAAUUUGAGAACUAGAUUAUGGCAGUACUUUCCAUGGGCAAUACAAAGUCUCUUCCCUCUAUAUGUUUACCCUAUUGAAGCGAGAGAUAGACGAUGAUUUUGACAGAUUCAGUCGUAAAGCCCAUAACUGUCAUUCAGAAUACCCUGUGUUAUCCUUUUUUUGAAGUUGUAAGAUUAGAAAAUGCAAUCUGAAUGUCACUUUCCUGAACUCGUAAAAGAUGCUCUGAUUGGGACCCGAAGUGGGUUAUCCUCAGUUCUUUGUUUAGAGGUACGAGAACUAAGAUCUGCGUUUAAUGAGAUUGAUUUGUGAUGUGCCGAUUAUCAAAGGCUAUAAGUGAGCAGUUCGAAAGUUUCAUGUUGGAUUUUGAUUUAAAUGCCUUAGUUUAGGGUUGAGUUAACAGGGCUGUAAGUUUUCCAUCUUACAAUAUCAACUUUUCAGGAGAUGUACAGUUCAAAAGCUCUCAGGGACGAGAGUUAUCUGCGGAGCCAUGGUAUUCCACAGAAUUCGUUACAUCAGGGGUCUUUACUAUAAUACAUGCCAUUACAGUAUAUGCAACAAGUCAUAUAGUCCCCCAUUUAGGUUUUUUGGAAAAAAUGGAUUAAUUCUUAUCCCUGAGCUCUAAUCAUCAUAUUUUUACUUUGAAAAUAAACAGCAUCACUCUCAUAGGUAAAAUGAAAGCAACUGCAAGAAAGGUAGUUCCAGUUCAAAAACCUUCUUUGAUGUAUUGCUAACAUUUUUGUAUGUUAACAUACCAUGACUUGUACAUUUUUCUUUCUGAAAAUGUCAAAACUUUACAUUAUUAUUUAAGAGGGUGUUUUUUUAGAUAAAUGUAUAUUCAGUUUUUUGUCCGACAUUAAAACUUGAACUGCUCAUUUAGGGGGAUAUUUAAUAAUGCAUUGAACAUGACAUCCACACAAUUACUGAAAGACGUUGUCUAUUCCACUAACUGCAGCAUAUAUCUGGCAUGUCUAUAGUCUGACAAUCAGUGGUAACUAUCAGUACUUGUUAAAGGCUCUAGUUUUCAAACUGACAGAUCACCAUCUUGUUACCUGUACAAGUCACUGGACCGGCUGGUUUGGAUAUCAUUAUGUCAUGUUUAUUGUGACAUCGCUUUUUUGUCACAUUAUGAAUGAUCCUGUGCAUGCUUGGAGUUGCCAUACUCGAUGUCCAAUGGAGGUCACAAGAUGAUACGAACUGUCACACAGAAAUAUGUCAUUGAAAAUAUGUCUUUGUAGCUUGUGGACUCUUACAGUGAUAAAUUUGUUACAUGGGUCACAAGUAGGGUGUGCAGGAUCUUACGAGCGGAACGUUCUUGCACAAGCUCAUUCAGCUGGUAAAAACCCACACUUCUCAUUAGUGACACUUGCAAUUCAUAAUGUUAACAGUGGCAGCCUGACCAGUCUGAAUAUGAAGAUUAUUAGCUGAGUGUUUCGGUCACAUAAUCAGGAACCAAAAUUCUAUUAUGUAAACCUUACAUGAUCAUGAUUGUACACAUGGGUAAUAAUCUCUUUUUUAUGCUGUGAUGUUGCGUAAGGAUAUUCUCGUGGUAUUUGUUCAAGGUUUGAUCUUGUUGGUAUGACAUUCUACUGGAGCAUUACCAGACUUCGAAACAUCUUCAGGACAUUUUUGACGACAAUCAGUCACUGUCCAGGAAAAUGAACCGAUCUGAAACUCUGUUACGUAAUGUCAUUCUUAUGCAACCUUUAAAACAUAAUUUCUUUAGCUGAUGAGCUGAAGUAAGCAUAAAAUCCACACAUGAAUGUAGUGCUGGAGUGAACAGCUCCAUUUAUGAAAUAGUGCCAAAGGAUCUGUAGCUGUUUGUUUCCGGACACACAAGCAUUAUAGAAAAGUCUGUCUAAACUUAUUGGGAAUGUUAGGCAGUUGUUGAUUGAGAAAGCAGACAUAACCUAGAUCUACGGAGUUUAUUAAAGGUAGUUCCUUAGAGGUGACCUCAUGUAUAUUUUCACUGGAUUUGUCCGGAUUAUGUUUCUAGGUUUGUCCAGUGCUCGUGGGUUUCACCAAAAUGGUAAAUUGGGCUGAAAAUGAAGAUAGGGCAGCGAAUGGUUCUUGGGUAUUUACAAGUCAGAAGGGAUAUAUGUCAAACCUUACUAGUCUAUGUGAGGAUAUCAUACUGGUGGCUUUACUGGACACUCCACAUAGUUUAUAAUGAUAUGAAGUUCUUAUCAAUGAAGAAUAACACAAUAAUAUUUCAAGGCGACAGGGAAUUGUUUCUUUUCAUUAUUUCUCUAGUUUUAUUGAAAAGACAUUUUGAUUUUAUCAUUCAAAUUUUGAAGAAGAAAACUAUCGCGUAAUAUUUUGCGGUUCUUUGCUAAAUGCAGGGGGUGCUCUUGUAACAUUCCAAUGAAGGUAGUCGGAUCAGCUGCAGUUAGAAAUUUCCAAGUGCCUUUUGUUCUCAGACUCAUAAUAAUCUCUGCAUCAAGAUCUGAGGACACCUCUAGAAGGUCGUGUUGGGUGAAAUGUCUGGUCAGCCAAUCAGCAUCAAGGCAUCUAUAUUCUCAAAAUGUGUGAGAAGCAUUUAGACCAUUUCUGAUUUCUGUAUUUUGAAAAUGAAGUCAAUCAGCCAGUCCCAAAUGUAAACUUUUAUAUUGUGCCAUUAUAUUGUUAUGAAUAUUUUAAUACACCCUGUCAUUUUUGCAAUCUCUGGCAUCUAUACCCAAAAGAAAGACCCAUCCAAGGAGUAUUUGUGUGCUGUGUGAGUACUGAGUAGUGUUAAAAUAAAAAUUCUUGAAAUUCAAAGUAGUAAAGAAUCAAAGACGAAUUGUUUUAGGAAGCUAACAUCUGAUUGGCUCAAGAACCCACUGAUCCUUCAUUUUUUUAGAUAGUCAAAGUUCACUCAGGUUUCACCUGACACAACCUUCUUUGGAGGUGUCAUGCAGAUAGGUUUCGUAUUGGAAUAGUAAUCUGCUUCUAAUGAGAUUGCUAAAAUGUAUGAUUAAUAUAAUGAGAGACUCUUCAAUAAGAACCCCUCCCUCCCUUGUGGCAUGCUGGUCAGUAAUAGUUAUGUUUAUCUCUGUGUUUAUGUAAUGGCAAGGUUCUGCAGGUGAGGGCAAGGUUCUGCGGGUGGGGGCAAGGUUCUGCAGGUGGGGGUUCUGCAGAU